AAUUACUUGCUUUAUUUAUUGCUGAAUCCACAUAUUAUGAUGGCUAAAUAGGCCUUUAACCAGUUUCUUUAGUCUGUGAUUUUGAAAAUUUUGUUAGAAUUUUUAUUCAUAAUUUUGUGUGCGAGUUUGCUAAAAUUGGAUCUUAAUGUAUUACGAUAAUAUAAUACUGAACUAAUAGUAGGUAUUAUAAUCAUUUUGCAAUAAUUCGAACAAUAAUAUAUCAGUUUAUAUUUAUCAAUAAACGGGAUAAGCAUUAUUAUAGGUAAUUGUAAAACAAAAUGACUCGACAUGCACGGAAUUGUACAGCUGGAGCCGUCUACACCUACCAUGAGAAGAAAAAGGACGCUGCAGCCUCUGGUUACGGAACACAGAGUGAGCGAGUCGGCAAAGAUUCCGUGAAGAACUUCGAUUGUUGCAGCUUAACUUUACAACCUUGCAGGAAUCCAGUCGUCACUAAAGAAGGUUACUUGUUUGACAAAGAGGCUAUCUUGGAAUACAUAGUUUCGAAGAAGACAGAAUAUACGCGAAAGUUGAAGAACUAUGAAAAACAAUUGAAGAAGGAGGAUGCAGAGAAAGCUGAGUUAGCAGCAGCAGAGAAAGAGGCAAAUUUGAUUAAAUUCAUGAAUAGAGAGAAAAAUAUAUCCUCUAAUAGCACUUCUAAGUCUUCGGCAUCUCCGUCCACUUCUAACUCGGUUUCCAAUUUGGCAAAUGGCAAAGACAAGGAACUUCCUAGUUUUUGGGUGCCAUCUCAGCUUCCUGAUGCUAAGGUGUCUAAACUUGAGAAACCGGAUUCAACAGUGUACUGUCCUAUUAGUGGUAAGCCAUUGAAGAUGAAGGAUCUAAUAGAAGUGAAAUGGACUCUAGUAAAUGAUCCUGAUGACAAGAAAUCACUUAUAGCCAAGGAGAACAGAUACAUGUGCCCUGUGACACAUGACAUCUUGAGUAAUGCAGUGCCUUGUGCUGUUAUCAGAACAACUGGCCAUGUUGUCACAAUGGAAUGUGUCGAGAAGAUCAUAAAAAAGGACUGGCUCCAUCCUCUGACUGGAGACAAGCUGAAGGAGAAAGACAUCAUACCAAUGCAACGAGGAGGCACUGGUUAUGCCCUCACCAACCAGAAUUUAGAAGGGAAGAAUGAACGGCCUGUUUUACAAGCUUAAAGUUAUUUAAGUACCUGAUAGUCUAAUAAUUUUAAACAGAAAUGGAUCUUAUUUUGUUAAUGAUAAGGUGCAAUGGAGUUAAUUAAGAAUAUACAAGUGUGAGACAUGAUGAGAAUUUAAGAGAGUAGUGGAUAUUUAUCACAAGAUUGUGAAUUUGAUCUUGUGUCUGGUGUUAAAAAUUAGGUCAUUUAAUAAAUUAUUUUGGAAAAAUUCAGAAUUAAUUAACAUCAAUCUUUUUUAUCUUUUUAAUGCGAUUUUAGCAUUAUUAAAUUAUCUAUAAUAUAAAAAUGAAUCCUUGAAUGUAUUGCUAAGGCAAAUCUCGAGAACCGAUUUCACUAAUUCUUUUUUAAGAAUAUUCCUAGAAGAACGAAGAUGGUUCUUACAUAGAAAAAAAUUUAAAAAUUGCCUGAAAAUGUCUAAAAACAACAAUUCUACAUUCCCAUUCAAACGAUUCAUAAUGACACUUAAAAGACAAUUUGAACUUUAAUACCAUACCAUAAAGUUCAAAUGUUAGUAGAGGUCGUGGGAAGACAAAACAAUUGAAUGACGUGGCAUGUGACACAUAUUGCCUUACUACUGCAAAAAUAAAUCCAAUAUUGUAAUUA